ACCCUGCCAUUUGCCAGACUCCGAGGCGAGCGAGACGAGGGCGUUGUUUACGUUUUACGGCUUCUUUCAGUUUCUUUCUGAACUCAAAAGUAAACUGUAACCUUUCUUUAUACAGUUGUAAAUUUACAUUAAUAUUUCAAACAUGAUCGUAUUAAACAGAAACAGUCGUUAUUUUGCCCUCAUUCUUGUACUGAUUGCAUUUUUAAACCCUGUUUCGGGCUGGUUUUGGUCCAGUGAUGGUAUCAAGUGCUACCAGUGCUCUUCUCACAACAACUUGGAUUGUGCGGACAAUGCAAUCCAUGAGGAAUCUAUUGAACCACUGGAUUGCAGUCACAUUUACAAUGCUAAGUACUGCCUUAAGACGGUGGGAGUAAACCAAGGCGUCUACGGAACUUCUAGGCAGUGCUCCUCAGUUGACUUGGGGAAUUACUGUGACUACAUCAAGAAUCAGGGAGAUGUCAUGGAUUACCGAUCAUGCGUGUACACUUGCAGCUCUGAUGGCUGCAAUGCGGCAAAUGGGCUCACCAAUCCAAAUGCAGCAGUUAUGUUGAUAUCAGUUGGGGCAGCUUUAUUGUCUGCUCUCUAUUUAUUGUAACUUUUUAUUCAAUAAGGUAUGAAAUGUACAUGUGUCUGAACCAAUGGAUAUUUUUGGAAAACAUUUAAAUGCUGUUUAAUUGAAAUCAGCAAAUAAUGAUAUUGAUUUGUGCCUUAGUUUUUUCUACUGUAAAAUUCAAAUUUUGUUUUGCAACUGUGUCCGUCCAUAUUUAGAUACAUGUAGAUGUUAUUGUUUUUAAUUACUCUCUUAAAUGUUCAAAUGCUGGAAAGCAUCCAUAAGUUCCAUGAGUUCUUAUUCCAUACUUUGUUGUAAUGUGGUUUCUUCACACAUGUGUAUGUACCUGAACAAGUAGAUUUUGUUGUGUCCUUGUUGUAUCUGAACAUAACAAGUUACUGUCUCUACAUACAAAUUUUUGUACAGCCUGAUCUCGUUUUUAGAGUAUGUGAGACAGCAUAACACUGCAGGAAAGUUCUUUUAUUUGCUCUUGUUCCAGAAUUUCUAUUUUAUCAUGUUUUUUCUUUUAAAAUAAUUUUUUAUGUAAGCUGAGAGACCAGUAUAGUAGUCGUUAGGUGCAUUGAGUAGACAUUUAACCAACUAGCACAUUGUUUUUGGUCUAGGAAAAGGACUUGUUACUUUUUACCUGCCUUGAGCCACAUACAUUCCAUUUUGCUUGCUGGAUCUUAACAUAUCUUCUAUUCAGAUUUAAGAGCAAUGUGAACAAUUUCUUAGUGAUCUGCUAACUUUUUUAGUGGUUAGUUAUAUAUGAUAUGUAAUUUUUAUCAUUACCUCUAAGGAACUGUCCUAGUGACGUCUGAGUACUAUUGUGUUACCGAUUGAUGAAGUCCGUCCAUUAUUAAGCUAUUUUAAGGAUUUUUUGCGUAAUGAACUGACAUUUUGUUCUUUCUUGUUACUGUUUUUUUUUUUUUUUUGUUGGUUGAUGGUUGAUUCCGAUAUGAAGUGAACUGUAUUUUUGUUUAAUUCGCACUAAUUAUUUCAAUUUUGUGUAAGAUAUAAGAUUUGACAAAUCAUACUUAAAUCAUUUUCUGUAACAAAUUUUUGAUCUGUCGUGGUAUGAUUUUAAAUGCCACACUCAGCUGUGUUCGUUGGUCGAAGUGAAAAGGACAUGUUUUCAAAAUAUACUUUGGAAAGGAA